GAGAAGGCAAUUUUAGCUACUGAAGUAAGGGAGCUUCAAACUCGUCUACUCAGCUUGUCAGAUGAAAGAGAUAAAUCUCUUGCAAUUCUUGAUGAGAUGCGUGAAACCCUUGAGGGUCGACUAGCUGUAGCAGAGGAAGUGAGGAAAGCAGCUGAGGAGGAAAAGCUGCAAAAGGAAGAAUCAGCCCGAAGUUCACUUGCUGAAGUGGAAGCCAUUAUGGAGGAUGUGGUCCAAGAGUCAAAGGUUCUACAGCAGGAUGCAGAGGAGAAUUCAAAGUUACGGGAGUUUCUCAUGGACCGUGGUCGUGUUGUUGAUUCAUUACAAGGAGAAAUAUCUGUGAUUUGUCAGGAUGUGAGAUUGUUGAAGGAGAAGUUUGAUGAGCGUGUUCCAUUAAGCAAGUCUGUGUCCUCAAGCCAGACUACUUGCAUCUUAGCCUCAUCCGGCAGUUCAUCCAAAAGCAUUGCAUCUCUGGCUGCUGAGCAAGCUCUAAUGUCUGAAACAACCCUAGAGGACCCCUCAGUAGAUGUCCAAUCAUCAAAAAGUAGUCUUCAAGAUGAACCAACUGGAGCUGACCGUAAAGAGCUUUUGGAUGAUGGGUGGGAUUUCUUUGACAAAGAAUCAGAAUUAUACGGCAAAACCUUGUGAAUUUUGGAUACACCGGAAUGAGGGAACAUCUAGAGGUCUAUGUUUUGCAUAAAUAUUUCUUCAAUAUAGGACUUAAAUGUUAGCACUCCCAAAGAGCUUACUAUUACUAUUCUGUAACUAAAUAAAGGGUGGAGAUUCAAACUUUUUCUGCAUCGAUAGCUAAUCUCUAUUCUGUACAGCAUAGCAUAUUUUUCAGUAAAUGAUUGAAACCUUCAAUUGAUUGAUUAAA